AUGGAUUGGUGGGGAAUCUUGCUCGGCGUAUCUGUUGUGCUAGCCGUUACUCCAAACUCCUCCUUCCUCGUCACGGCGGCUCGUGAACAAGAAUGCGACGCCAUCAACACAAACGCUAACGCUACGCUGCCGGUAUCCUUGCGUAUUGGUCUGGAGUGGUUCACCAAUCCGGAUCAUUUGCCCUUGAUUGUCGCACAACAGCACGGAAUCUUCCGAGAUUACGGUCUCGACGUGCACCUUAUCGAACCGAAAGAUCACUGGGAAGCCGAGGAAGAGAUCCUGCAAGGUCGUCUGGAUGUGGCGGUAACGGAACCUUUGCAUUUGGCACAAGACGCGGCGCGUGGCAAGCCGGUCUUGGGCUUUGCGCGAUUCUUUCACUCGGACGGUGGGGUCAUGUACCGAACCGACGGCGAAAUUCGGCGACCCCGCGACAUGUGUGGCAAGAUCAUUGGCUAUCCCGGAGCUCCGGGACCCGGGGGACCCGCUAUUGUCAAUACCAUGGUCCAGGCCGACGGAAAAUAUGAUUGUGAUUUGGAAUCGUACGGAAAAUACAACGGCGGUUUCUUUCACACGGAUGCGUUGGAAUCGAAAAAGGCCGACGUGGCGGCGCUCAUCUUUUGGAACUUUGAGAUUCCCGAAGCGACGGCCCGUGGUGUGCCGGUAGACUUUUUCAGUCUUAAGGAAUGGGGCGUCCCCGAUGUCUGUCAACUCGUCCUCUUUACGACACCAGAAAAAUUCUUGGCGUUACAGCCACAAUUGAGGAAACUGGUCUUGGCGUUGCGCAAAGCUACGGGAAUCAUCCAUCAACGUCCAGAGCUCGCCAAGUCCUAUUAUCAACAGUAUACCCAAGGAAAGGACGGGGAUACGAGUGAACAGGAAAUCGACGAAGUCCAGCGUCAAAUCAUGGACGAGACGUUACGGGCAACGCUUCCCGCGUUUCCGAACGACAGCAACAUGGCCAGUGACUACUACGAACGGCUCAUGGCGUGGCUGGUUGACACCAACCAGGUAGAGGCCGACGCCGCUGUGACUACCAGUGUGCGCUCCUACUGGACCAAUGAAGUUGCCUGGUAG